AUGGGCGCCAUCUUGUCGGAGCCUGUGACGGCCAUGGUCAUUGAGCAUUGCAGUUCCUCUUCAUGGUCCGCUGCAGCAGUGACGAUGCAAGGAGUCUUUGCAGUGCUCGAUGGCCACGGUGGGAGCAGUGCAGCCUCAGGAGGUGCAAGGCUUCUGGAAGAAGCGCUGAAGAAGGUGGCUUUCAGUGGGACCUUGAGUGGCAAGAGUGAAUUGGAAGUGCAAAACAUCCUCGAAGAGGCAUUCCUUGACACGGAUCUGCGCCUGCGCAGCCACCUGGAACCAGAGGAUCGCAGUGGCAGUACGGUGGUCGCCUGCAUCCUUGUCCCCAUGGACACGUCCGACUCCCCGCACCGCUUCACCGUGCAGCUCGCCCAUGCGGGCGACAGUCGCGCCGUGCUGAGCCGCCAAGGCACCUUGUUCUGCUCGAAGGAUCACAAGCCCAACCGCGAAGACGAGACUCGCCGCAUCGAGGCGGCCGGGGGCUGCGUCUCUCAGGGACCACUGGGAGGAGGACCCAUGCGAGUGGAUGGGGCAUUAGCCGUGAGCAGGGCAUUGGGUGACUUUCAUUUCAAACCGAAGGAAUUGGACGCCUCGAAGUGCAAGGUCUCCGCGGUGCCAGAAGUGCAAGUGGUUGAGGGCUGUUCAGCUGGUGAUUGGGUGCUUCUGGCCUGCGAUGGCAUCUUCGAUGUCAUGGAGAACGAAGAGGUGCGAGCCUUUGUGGAAGAGCACCCGUCCAAAUCGUCAGAGGACAUCGAUGCAGGACAGCUGUGCAUUGACCUCCUGAAGCGUUGCCUCGACAAGGGCAGCAAGGACAAUUGCACCGCUUGCUUCAUCCACUUCGGCAAGGCCCCCGUGAAAGGACGUCCGAGCUCGGAGCUGCUGCAGGGAGGAUGGAGAGGAGCCUCUCCGGAGGUGCAGUGCAAGUAUGCCGAAUUCUUUCGAGAUCAUGGCUUUGAAGCUCAAGCCUCCGAGAUCGUCGUCGGCCGCAGGAGCUCCAAGGGUCCGACGGCAGCUCCGGGCGAGCGCGAGAACGGGACUUCAAGGAGUCUCUCCAGUUUCACGCGGGUACUCCAGGCGGUUCGUUCCACGCGAGCCAUUCAAUCUGCUUGGAGGGCUCGUAAAGAUGCCCGGAGUGCCACCAGUGCCACCAGUGCCUCCAGCACCGAGUGGGCGUUGGAGUGGGCCGAUGUGAGGAAAGAGCGGCCGAGGUUCAGCAGAAGCACCUGGUGGACAGCCUCAGUUCUUCUUCUCGUUUUGAUGGGCGCCUAUGGCGCCUACUUUCUUCUUCGAGCUCGGCGCAAGUCCCAGAAGGUGGACGCGCGGUCAAGGUCGCGCUGCGGUCCGGGCUGUGUCGAUCACGCCCUCUCGACGGGCGCCCUCUCGGACGCGCCCCCACUGCGGAGCAGUUCCCACUGGUCGGCCAAGUAUCAAUGCCAACAGACCCUGACGGAGAGCAGCAGAUGGUCUCGGCCCAAGGCCUCCUUCUGCUGCCAGCACCAGGGCUUGGGCUGCGAAGUUUGGAGGAAAUUGCGCCGGGGCAAGUCGAAGUAUGACUGCAACCAGGGCGCCCGGAACUGGUACCGGAGCUGGUCGGGCGACCGGAAGGCCUGGUGUUGUCAGAACAUGGGCCGUGGAUGCAUGCUCUACCGAUGCGAGGGCUCGGCUUUUGAUUGGAGCAUGCGGAAGAAAGCCUGGUGUUGCCACAAUGCCUACCGUGGCUGCAAUUUGGCCGCUGCUGUAUCCAAGCCUUGUGACCACUUAUGUCUAUUGAAGGGCGAGUCCGGCACCUGCAAGAUGCACAUUCAUUGGGCAGCAGAAGUGCCUUGGGACCCGUAG